AUUCAGGUCUCACUUCAAAUAUCACUUUCUCAGAGUACCCCUCCUAUCCCCCCCCCAAAUUUCUCCAACUCAUUUCUUGGUUUAAAUGUCAUUGCAUUUUCAGAAUGUGGUAAAUACAGUUUAGGUUGACAUUAACCUUAAUCAUAUAAAUACAACCAAAUUGAAUUAUUACCUUUACUUUAAUCUACUCUAUUUGCCUAUGUCACAGGUUUCCAGCUAACAAAAAGCCGGCAGGCUCUGUGUUGUGGUGAUGGCAACGUUCACCCCUCUCUGCUUGUUGGUCACUUACGGUUCUGGGGAGUCCACUAGAGCUGUGAUGUCCACUUGGCUGGUGUGGCUAUUUCAAUUAAAAUUAAUUAAACCAAAAGAAAAAAUUGAGUUCCUUAGUUACAUUAGUCACACGUUAAGUGCUGAAUAGCCACAUGGGGCUAGUGGCUAUCCUAUUGGACUGUGCAGAAGCUGAACAUGUUUGUGUUCAGAGUAAGUUCUACUGGAUAGUGCUGGUCAAGAGUAUAUACAAGAGGUGAUCAUCUGUGUGCAUCCUCAGUGAUAAGUGUCAUAAGCCAGAAGGAGCAAAAACCAAAAUACAGGGUUUCUGCCCGUAGAUUUACUGCCUAGUAUGGGAGACAGUUUUAAAUAAAUAAUGAAAAAUCAGGGACAUCUGAUUUUAAUAAAAAGUACCUGAGAGUUUAGACUGCUUGAAAGGAAAAAUUACUUAAGAUAAAAAAAUUAGAUUUAGGUGCAUACAUGGUUGAGCACGGCUGAUAGCAUGUGGGAUAGGUGGGAGUGGAAAGAGCAUUUCAGAAAAAAAUGACUGUGUAAAUCCCUGAGGCAGCAGAGAACCCUGCGUCCAUUUCUUGAUAAAAGUCAGAGAUGAUAGAAACAGAGAAAAUAGUGUGGAUUGGGGGCAGAGGAGUUGUCAUGAGCCAGAUUGAAGGAGGUGAUGGCAGCAGGUCGUUUAGAACAUGGUGACCACUCUAGGCUUUUCGAAGGCUAGCAGACAGCCACUGACGGGGAUUAAGCAGAGAUGAGUAGGAGUAUAUCUCUGAUUUAAAACAACACUUCAGUUCCUGUACUGCAAAUAGAAUUUGGAAAUGACAACUGAUUGGAUGACGUCAGGCAGGAGCUUCUUAUGAACAAGUUAAGGACGACUGUGAGGUAGCCUAGACAUUGUGAUUAGUUGUGGAUCAGGAAGAUACUGGGUGAUAUAAUGUAGAUGGUUGAAGGGGCAUCAGUUGAUAGAAUGUUCUUUCUUUGAAUUUCAGGUUAUAGAGCAGUGAACGCUUCUCAAAGUGGAAUGUUGAUGUGAAUAACCCAGAGAUCUUGUUAAAAUGCAGAAUUUGAUUCAGCAAGUCUGGGAAGGGAUUGAAAUUUUACGUACCAGACAUGCUCGUAGUGUAUGCUGAAAAUAGUCCCAGGUGUAACACAGGGAGAACUAUUCCAGUCUAGGCAGCUGGGGACCUAGGGUGACCAUCUUGCAUAUCUUUGCAAUCAAGUAAGGAUUUCAACUGCUGUGAUUGGUGUGUGGACCAAACAUUAUUUAUCUGUCUCCAGACUGCCCAGUGGCUCUGCUUCCACUCCCAUCCCUCUUACUGAAGUGGCUUUUUGGGCUCAGAGAGGACAUUCACUUAGACUUCUAGAAGGUGGAGCAAGGACAUGGACUCAGUGGUCAUUGAGGAUGUGGCUGUGGAGUUUACCCAGGAAGAGUGGGCUUUACUGGAUCUUGCUCAGAGGAAACUCUACAAAGAUGUGAUGAUGGAAACCUUCAGAAACUUGGCCUCAAUAGUUUCUCAAAACCUUAAUGAUGGAGAAAAGUUAUCCAGUGAAUAUUUAAUAGUGGAACUCAUGAAGAAUGACACCUCGUUCUCCAUAUUAGGAGAAAUCUGCAAAUUGCAUGACAUUGAAGAUCAGCAUAAAAAUCAGGGGAGACAUAAGGGAAGGCAUAUUGUAAAGAACCUCUUUGAAAACAAUGAAGAAAAUCAAGGUGGAAAAACCUUCAGACAGAUCCCAAAUCUUGCCGUGUUCAAAAGAACUCCUACUGUUGUAAAUUCUUCUGAGUGCCGUGAGUGUGGAAAAUCCUUCAUUGAUCACUCAUCACUGAAGCAUCAUAUCGGAUUUCACUCUGGUUGCAAUACUUACCAGUAUAAGAAAUGUGCAGAAACCUGCAGUUGUUCCUCUGACCCAAGCAUUCCUAUAAGUACUCUUACUGAAGAGAAACCCUAUAAAUGUAAGGUGACAACACUCACUGGAGAGAAACCGUAUGAAUGUAACAAGUGUGGGGAAGAUUUCUGUAGUUUCUCAUCCUUUUGGACACAUAUGAGAGGUUGUAAGUGUGAAUGUAAAGAACAAUGGAAAACCCAUGCCUCAUCACACCUUUUACAAAAAAAAUUUCAUAGUGGAGAUAGGCCUUAUAAAUGUGAAAAAUGUGGGGAAAUCUUCAGUCAUUCCUUAUCCCUAACUAUACAUAUAGGAACUCACAGUAGAGAGAGGCAUUGUGAAUGUAAGCACUGUGGAAAAGCCUUUAAUAAUUCCUCAGCCCUCACUACACAUUUAAGAACUCACAGUAUAGAGAAGCCUUACGAGUGUCAGGAAUGUGGGAAAACCUUUGGCUAUUACUCAUCCCUCACUGUACAUGUAAGAGUUCACACUGGAGAGAAGCCUUAUGUAUGUAAGGACUGUGGGAAAGCUUUUACUCGUUCCUCCUGCCUCACUAGACAUGUAAGAUCUCACAGUGGAGAGAGGCCUUACAAGUGUAAGGUAUGUGGGAAAGCCUUUAGAGAUUACUCAUCCCUCAUUCAGCAUAUAAGAACUCAGAGUGGAGAGAGGCCUUAUGAAUGUAAGGAAUGUGGGAAAGUCUUUAGUCGUUCUUCAUUCCUUGCUACACAUAUACGAACUCACAGUGGAGAGAGGCCUUAUGAAUGUAAGGAAUGUGGGAAAACAUUUAGUUCUUCCUCAUCCUUCUGUAAUCAUAUAAGAACUCACCGUGGAGAGAGGCCUUAUGAAUGUAAGGAAUGUGGGAAAGCCUUUAGUCGUUCCUCACACCUCACUAGACAUUUAAUGACUCACAGUGGAGAGAGACCUUACAAAUGUAAGGAAUGUGGGAAAGCUUUUAUAGAUUACUCAUCUCUCAUUUACCAUAUAAGAACUCACAGUGGAGAGAGGCCUUGUGAAUGUAAGGAAUGUGGAAAAGCCUUUACUAGUGUCUCAUCUCUCAAUAGGCAUGUAAGAACUCACAGUGUUGAUAAUCCUUAUAAAUGUGAGGAAUGUGGGAAAUCCUUUAGAGCUUACUCAUCCCUCACUAGACAUAUAAGAACUCACAGUGGAGAGAAGACUUAUUAAUGUAAGAAAAGUGAGAAAGCCUUUACUAGUUUCUCAUUUCUCACUACACAUAUAAGAACUCACAGUUGAAAGAAGCCUUAUGAAUGUAAGGAAUGUGGGAAAGCCUUUAGCCGUUUCUCCCACUUUAUUAGACACGUAAGAAUUCACAGUGGAGAGAGAACUUAUGAAUGUAAGGAAUGUGGGAAAGCCUUUAGUCAUUCCUCCCACCUCACUGAACAUAUAAGAACUCUCAGUAGAGAGAGGCCUUACGAAUGUAAGGAAUGUGGGAAAGCAUUUAGUUCUUCCUCAUCCUUCACUAAACAUGUAAGAACUCACAGUGGAGAGAGGCCUUAUGAAUGUAAGGAAUGUGGGAAAGCCUUUAGCCAGGUUUCAGAUCUCACUAGACAUAUAAGAGCUCAUAGUGGAGAGAAGCCUUAUGAAUGUAAGGAAUGUGGGAAAGCCUUUAGCUAUCUCUCAAACCUCACUAGACAUAUAAGAACUCACAGUGGAGAGAGGCCUUAUGAAUGUAAGGAAUGUGGGAAAGCCUUUAGUCGUUCCUCAUUCCUUGCUACACAUAUACGAACUCACAGUGGAGAGAGGCCUUAUGAAUGUAAGGAAUGUGGGAAAGCAUUUAGUUCUUCUUCAUCCUUCCGUAAUCAUAUAAGAACUCACAGUGGAGAGAGACCUUAUGAAUGUAAGGAAUGUGGGAAAGCCUUUAGUCAGGUUUCAUAUCUCACUAGACACGUAACUGCUCACAGUGGAGAGAAGCCUUAUGAAUGUAAGGAAUGCGGGAAAGCCUUUAGUCAGUGUUCACAACUCACUAGACAUAAAAGAGCUCACAGUGGACACAGACCUUAUGAAUGUAAGGUAUGUGGGAAAGCUUUUAGUCAGUCCUCACACCUCACUAGCCAUAUAAGAACACACAGUGGAGACAGACCUUACGAAUGUAAGGAAUGUGGGAAAUCCUUUAGUCAGUGUUCACAACUCACUAGACAUGAAAGAGCUCACAGUGGAGACAGGCCUUAUGAAUGUAAGGUAUGUGGGAAAUCUUUUAUUCAGUCUUCACACCUCACUAGCCAUAUAAGAACACACAGUGGAGACAGGCCAUAUGAGUGUAAGGAAUGUGGGAAAACUUUUAGUCAGUCUUCACAUCUCACUAGCCAUAUAAGAACGCACAGUGGAGACAGGCCUUAUGAGUGUAAGGAAUGUGGGAAGUCCUUUAGUGAUUACUCAUCCAUCACUAGACAUAUAAGAACUCACAGUGGAGAGAGACCUUAUGAAUGUCGGGAGUGUGCAAAAGCCUUUCGUUCUUCCUCAUCUCUCCGUAAACAUGUUAGAACUCACAAUGGAGAUAGGCUUUAUGAUAGAAAUGUGGGAAAGCCUUUAGUCAGUCGUCGUCCCUCACUAACUAUAGAUUAGUUCACAGUAUAGAGAAGCCUUAUGAGUAUUAAGAAUGCUAGAAGGCCUUAGUCCUCAUACGUUACUAACCAUAUAAGAAUAGUGAAAAGUGGAGAGAAGCCUUAUGAAUGUAAGGAAUGUGGGAAAGUCUUUGCUAUUCGUUUUUACCUCAAGGAAUACAAAAGAAGCUCUAGUGGAAAAAAAUUUACGUAAAGAGUGUGUAAAGUGUAGUUAUUCCUCAUGCCUCACUAAACAAGGGCUCACAGUGGCUAGAAGCCUUAAUGAAUGUAAGGAAUAUGAGAAAGCCUUUAAUUAUUCCCCAUUUUUCAGUAAAAUAAGAACUCACAGUAGAGAGAUGUCUUAUUCAAGAAACGAAGGAACACUUUAGUUUUCGCUCACCCUUUUGAUAACAUGUGAGAAGGUACGCUACAAGGAAACAGUAUGUGUGUAGGUAAUAUUGGAAGGCUUUUGGUAAUCCCUUUUAAAAAACCUGAAGAAAAACACAUUGGAGAAAAGCCAUGGAGUGUAAAGAAAGUGAUAUGUAAAAGGUUUUGCUUUCUUGCACUUCCCAAGACCUGAGGAUUCAUGCAUAUGUGAAAACAUUCACUAAUUGUUUUUGCUAAAUAUGUGAAUUGUGAAGGAUUUCAUUUUACUUGGAUCUGCCAUCAACAGUCAUGGAAGCAGCAGUCAAGAAAUCAAAUGACACAUUGCAUUUGUGAAAUCUGCCAAAGGUCUCUUCAAAGUGUUAAAAAGCAAAGAUGUCAUUUUAAGGACUAAGGUGUGCCUGACCCAAACAUGGUGUUUUUCUGUCAUUUCUUAUGUAUGCGAAAGAUGGACGAUAAGACUGAAGAAUUGAUGCCUUUGAAUUAUAGUAUUGGCAAAGAAUAUUUAAUAUACUAUGGAGUGCCAGAAGAACAGAUCUGUUUUGAAAGAAGUACAGCCAGAAUGCUCUUUAGAAGCAAGG